GGCGAAGGUGGUCGAGUAUUUCGUGGAGGGGGGUGGUGGAAGAACAAACGGAAAGAAGAAGAAGAGAGCGAGAAGGACGAAAAAAAUUACUAGUAGAAGAGACGACCGUGUGGAGUGUGAUGCCUGAUAAGAUAAAGCGAUCCUCGUGCAUCGGGAAUUUAACGUGAGAUUAAUAGAGAGGGGAUUCGAAUUUAUACAACAUUCGCAGCUAAAUAAAAUAAAUAAUAAAAACAGAAACGAGUUCUAGCGUUGCUUGCGCGUGUUUCAUUCGGUGUACCAUCUAAUCACACAACUUUGACAUUUCGUAUCUCGCAUCUUCAAAAUCCGCGACAAUAAGCGUUUGAGCUCGUAGAAUAAAAUAAAUGCUGGUUGUACAAAUCAGGAAUUGAGAAACGCGAAGGAACAAAACAAAAGAAAUGUGUCUCAACGCGUGUUGCUGAGAGGAGUCCAAAAAGGAAAGAAUAUUUUUUUCAAGCGUGGUAUACAAAGUGUGCGGUGCUAUAACGUGUGGGAGAAGAGAAAGAGAAAAAGCCGAGAAACGUGUGCGUGCGUGUUUAUCGUGUUGUGUAUUUGUGUGCGCGCGCGCGUUGUCGAGCUAACUGGGACGUUGGGAAAAAAAGUGACAAAACCCGAGAAAACUCGAGAAUCUCGGGUGCGUGGACGUAUAAAGCGAAAUCUCAGUGUCCCAUAAUUUCUUUAUCUGGGGAAAUUUUAUUUUCUAAAUUACUUUACCAUCUUUAAAAUAACGUCACGUAUUUUUUUUGUUUUACGAGCACUUUCGAAGCCUCGAUCGUCUCUCCUUGGCUAGUUCCGUGUUUAGCAAAAUUACCGAGUGUGUGUUGCUUUAUACAUACACCGAAUCGUACAUAUGUAUAUAUGAAUGUACUUUGCUUGGGAUUGGAAAUAUAUACAAGUUGGAUCGAAAAGAAUAAAUCGGUUUCAACUGUUCGACCAAGUGCCUUGUCUCUGAUCGUGUGCGUGCGUCAACACAAGUGUAAUCCGACCGUGUAGGCGUAAGAUUUCGAGAGUUAUUCGUGCAACCGUGUUUAUCGGUUAAUUGUGCGGCAGACACAAUUCGGAUUUGUACCAUAUCGAAGGUGUGCGAUUGUUAUUUUUCCGAAUUAUACCGCGCUGUCUGACCAAGAGAGGAAACGAGGGCUGCAGUAUCGGGUCGUACCCUUAUAUAUCGCAUAUAUAUUCAUCGCAUUUUCGAGAAGAAUGGAAGCUAUAGCGAAACAUGAUUUUAAUGCUACGGCUGAGGACGAGCUCAGCUUUCGAAGAAGUCAAAUUCUCAAGAUCCUCAAUAUGGAGGAUGACAUGAAUUGGUAUCGAGCAGAGCUGGAAUCAAGGGAAGGCCUCAUCCCUAGCAAUUAUAUAGAAAUGAGAAAUCACGACUGGUACUAUGGAAGAAUAACAAGAGCUGACGCGGAGCGACUACUUUCCAACAAAUACGAGGGAGCUUUUCUCAUCAGGAUCAGCGAAAGUUCUCCUGGAGAUUUUUCUCUCUCUGUCAAAUGUUCCGACGGAGUGCAACAUUUCAAAGUACUGCGUGACGCACAAGGCAAAUUUUUCCUCUGGGUGGUCAAAUUCAGUAGUCUCAAUGAACUGGUAGAGUACCAUCGGACUGCUUCUGUCUCCCGUUCUCAAGACGUCAAACUUCGUGAUAUGGUCCCCGAAGAGUGUCUGGUGCAAGCCCUGUACGACUUUGCGCCUCAAGAGCCUGGCGAAUUGGAGUUCCGAAGAGGCGAUGUAAUCACCGUUACCGAUCGCACGGAUCAGCAUUGGUGGCACGGUGAAAUUGGCAACAGACGAGGACUCUUCCCAUCGACCUACGUGACGCCUUAUCACUCCUAGAUAUUUUCGAGUGCAAUCACGAUGGAUAGCCAAUCCGACGUUAUCCAGUAACUAUCACAAAAAUCGAUAAAUACACGUUCGCAAAUGUUAUUGACGAGAAGUUGGCAUCGCUGCCGGGUGAUGAACGAUCGAGAGACCGACCCUUGGAUGAAAUUAGUUGUUUUAUUUGCGGAUAUUAUGACGGAAAACGAAUCAAGGUGUGAGAAAAUCCGAAAUGAAAAAAAAAAAAAUGGAAACACAGAAAACAAAAAAAACGGGAGAGGAUCGGAGCUUCCGGAUUACCGUUCGACAGCUCCGGUGCCUCUUGCCUCAAUCAAUUCUGCCAAUCAAGGUUUGUUUUUCUCAGUGAUACGGAGCUCUUGAUUGUUAAACUAGAGAAAAGUUUAUCCUCCGGAUUUGAAUCUCCGAGUGCACACGCGUGCGUACACAAAAACACACGCGCGCGCGCGCACGCACAAAGGCCCGCUCGUCGUCUAGGGUCGAUAUAAAUAUUAGUGAGUAAGAGAGUGUCGCGAAUUGAGAGCUUUCAAAUAUGCAUACCAAUAUACAUAUAUCUUAUAUGUAUAUAUACCUGUGUGUAUAUAUAAUACAUGGCCUGGACAAUUUUCACUUUAUCGAGUGACGAAGACGCAGAUUAUUCUAUAGGCAGAGUAGAUUUCAAAGCUUUUCUCGCUUCUUGCAAUGAAUCAUAGAAAGUCGCGAUGCGAGAGUUUCGUAUGGUACGAAAAGGCGCGAUUUAUUUAUGUGUAUGUAUAAAUAUACAUAUACGUAUAUACGAGUGAAGUAAAUAUAUGUGAUAUUUAUAUAUACAUACAAAUAAACUUGUAUGUAAAUAUUAACGAAAACGCGAUCAUCAGUUUUAAUCGAACAGCAAUUUCUGUCUGGUUCCUAAUUUACCGAGUCUACGCCGUUUUUCUUUUUUUUUUUUUCAUUUUUUUUUUUUGUUAUUUCUCUGUUUUUGUCUGUCCGUCUGUCUCUCUCUCUCUCUCUCUCUCCUGCUAUGGUGUUAGAAAAAUGAAAAUUCAACCGUUAUAUCGAGCCUUUCCUCGCGUACCGUGGUGUCCAAGCUUCUAAUCUGUACAGUCAAAUAUUUUCGACUCUGUGACAUGCCAAUAUUAAAAUUACAACGUAAAUUUUGUACUUUUGUAUCCGCGAGGAGAAAAGAAAACAUGAAAAACACUUAACAGGAGGAUAAUUGAAUGGAAAGAAACAUAAUAACAAAUCGAUAAAUAUAUAUACAUUAAUAUCUAAAAAAAUCGUGAGACGUUAUAGUUUCGUAGUGAGAAUAACCAGUAUCGGAGCUUGCGCGCGCUCUACGAAAUGUGCCAGGGGAUAUAUAGUGAUUUACUUCGUGAAUGUAUCGAAUGUGUGUAUGAAAAAUUGAAAAAAUAAUACGCAGACGAAAAGAAAAAAAAUCAAAAAAACGCGUACAAUUGUAAUGAAAUGAUUGAAAAUUGUUUAAUGAUAAAAUAUAUUGGUAAUUCACGAGAACAUUUCAAUUACACAAAUCAAUUGUCGUGCUUCUUCUUCCUUUGAAACGUGAAACAUUUAUGUUUUGGAAUGUUGUCUGGCCAUAUUAAAGCAUUAAUGCAUUUAUCCUUUUAAUCGAUUUAGCAAAUGGAAAUGGCUUUUACUUUGUAUCUUUAUCUCAAUGAUUUCACUUCGAUCAUGAGUAAAAUUUCCAUUACGACAAAGGCCUAGUAAGUCACUCGCACGAAUUGCAAACGAAAUAACGAGAUAUAUAUUUAUAUAUACAUUUUUACAUGUAUAUAUACGCAUAAAUACACAUAUAUAAACACAAUUAUACAUCUAUUCAGCUACGAAAAAAAAAAAUAAAUGAAUUAGGUAUUGAACGACGAUAAACUUUUCAGCAUGAACUGCAACGAAGAAAAGUUUUCUUGUAAUGUUUUGCAAUUGACGAAACAUUGAUGCUUUUUCGAUGAGAUAUUCGUUCCUCUCGAUUUUGUUCAUCACACCUGUAAUUCUGCAAUAUCCAUCACCUUUUUUUUAGUUUAGAAUGAACAUGGUGUUUGUAUAUGCUUGAAACAAAGUUCUUACGCAUGACCGUAUGUAACAAAGGCAGAGAGAACAGCCGUUUUAUUAACAUCCCUUGCUACAUUUUAAUGAUUUAUGAACAAAUAUUUUAAUUCCUUUUUCGAUUGAACCAAUACUGUGUUGAGAAAUUCAUUUGCUGUAUUCGUUGAAGUUGGUAACUUCAUCCGAUCUUGGAGGAGGAAUUUAUUAACAUCUUUUAACAGCGACGAUAAAGGAUUUCGUGUUCGAUCUCCAUGCGAUUUGGAAUUACCACAUUUGGUAUCUUUCUUCAACAAUAGUCGCUUUACAUUCAUGUCUCUGUUAUAAUGUUGAAAGGAAAACGAUAUAAAAUGUCAGAAGGUUCAUCAUUUUGUGGCAUUCACGCGUUGAAUAUUGACCACAAUAACUGUGUAUUUGUGUUGGAUAAAGAAAAAAAAGCCCUUCGAAAUUAUCAAGCCCCCCACGCUCAUACUCGUUUCUUUGUAAACACUGAGAUCCUAGUGUUACUGUGUAAUUAUUAUUAUUAUUAUUAUUAUUAUUAUUAUUAUUAUUGCGUCAUGUUACAUUUUAUUAAUAUCAAUAUAUAUAUUACAUUAAUCAUCCAUGCGCAUGCCUUUCUUUUUUGAGCCCAAAAAUACACUGCGUUAUGUUCAAUUCGGAGAAUGUGGAAAAAAAAAACAAUGGCCGAGGAAUGAAUUAUCAAUCUCAAUCAGCACACACGAAUCCAUAAAAUUUAUUAUAAGCUUUGAUCGAUAUAUCAUUACGCAAUGGUGUACUUAACUACUGGCUUCAAAGAAUGCUAAAAGGAAGAAAUAUACAUGAAACUGAACAAAAAAAUGACAUUUGUCGUAAUCAUGCUAUCAAAUUAUGGAAAUAUAUAUUUGAUGCUAUUCGUACUUACAUACAACUUUAACAUACAUUUUACUUUUCAAACUAGAAAGCGUCGAACUUCUAAUAUUGCCAAAAAAGAAAGCUGUACACAAAAAAAAUGAACCGAAAAAAGGGAGAGAGAGAUAGAACGAGAAAGAAUUAAUUGAUUGGACUCCAGCAACAAUCUCAGCACUGACUUUAUACACCGAUGAGACGGUCUCUGAUUUUGACAAAAAAUGUACAGUAUAUAUCUAUACGUCGUAAUAAAAUGAGUCAAAUGGAAAAAUCAACGAUACCCGUAUAAAUAGCAACAAAUAUUGGAUAGCGAUUUUUCUUUUACAACAAUGUCCGAAUUACUAUAAAUUGAACAAAAUAUACACUGUUGUUGCUAAAUACGUGCUGUCGUUGAUAAGAAUGUGUCAUUGUGUUACGAAUAAGCGCAACUACUAUUCCGGAGAAUAAUCACUUCUGUAGAUGUUUUCUGGGUAAAAAUGAUGUUUAGCAACUUAUCGUUCUGGUGUACAAUAUUUACUAUCGAUUUACAUGGAAAAUGUAUUGCGGAAUACAAUGAACGUAGAAAUAAAUUGCCAUUUUUAACCGUUAAAAA